GUCGCGGUGCUCGGGGCCCUGCUGGUUAGUGUUUGCUGCUGCGGAUCGUAUGAAACUAGCACGACUCAUGAAGGUGUUCGUCACUGGUCCGAUGCUGGCCGAGGGCCGGGCUGUACUCGCCAAGGCCGCAGACUGUGAAGUGGAGCAGUGGAAUUCAGACGAUCCCAUCCCCAGAAAGGAACUGGAGCAAAGUGUGGUGGGGGCCCAUGGCUUGCUCUGCCGCCUCACUGACCACGUGGACAAGAAACUUCUGGAUGCUGCAGGAGCUAACCUCAAAGUCAUCAGCACCUUGUCAGUGGGGGUUGACCACUUGGCCUUGGAUGAAAUCAAGAAGCGCGGGAUCCGGGUGGGCUACACGCCAGGUGUCCUGACAGAUGCCACCGCAGAACUCGCUGUCUCCCUGCUACUCACGACCUGCCGCCGGCUGCCAGAGGCCAUAGAGGAAGUAAAGAACGGCGGCUGGAGCUCAUGGAAUCCCUUUUGGAUGUGCGGCUAUGGACUCUCACAGAGCACUGUUGGCAUUGUGGGGCUGGGGCGCAUAGGUCAGGCGAUUGCCCGACGACUGAAACCAUUUGGUGUCCAGAGAUUUCUCUACACGGGGCGCCAGCCCAGGCCUCAGGAAGCAGCAGAAUUCCAGGCGGAGUUUGUGCCUAUUGCUCAGCUGGCUGCAGAGUCGGACUUCAUUGUAGUGGCCUGCUCCUUAACACCUGCUACCAGGGGGCUCUGCAACAAGGAUUUAUUCCAGAAGAUGAAGAACACGGCUGUUUUCAUCAACAUCAGCAGGGGAGAUGUGGUAAACCAGGACGACCUGUACCAGGCAUUAACCAGUGGCCAGAUUGCAGCAGCAGGACUGGACGUGACCACUCCAGAACCACUGCCUCCAAGCCACCCACUGCUGACCCUCAAGAACUGUGUGAUCCUGCCCCACAUCGGCAGCGCCACCUACAAAACCCGCAACACCAUGUCCUUGCUGGCAGCUAACAACUUGCUGGCUGGCCUACGAGGGGAGCCAAUGCCCAGUGAACUCAAGCUGUAGCCAGACGGUUUCCGUGGGCUGGAGACAUUUUGCCGGACUUUGGACUCAGGAAAGAGCCUGGCGGAAGCCUCCUCUACUGUAUCUAUCUGCAGGGGGACAUGGGAACUAGCAAAUGGGCUUGCCACACCCAAGCCAAGAGCCUGUAAUUCGUGCAUUAAAUCAUUUCUGACUCAGCAUCGGGGCCUGUGACUGAGGGCACUACACAAAGACCAUCUCUUGUGUUUGCUGACUGGGCGCCUGCUCAUCUGCCUGGGCUCUGCUUCCCACACUGCUUUCCCUCACUGAGGAAAGACAAGCAGAACCAGGAAAACAUAGCACCUGAACCCAAGACCUAGACCAUGGCGAAAGAGCAGACAACGUGGAGCAAACUUCUGAAAGGAGAGGUGAGGCCAGCACUGGUCAGCCAGAGUGACGGCGGGAUUCCCAGGUUCAAGUCUGUCUAGUCUACCCAGUGUUCCCUCUGCAUCCCAGGUAGCUCCUCCCCAAGGCCAGGCCACAGCACUGCCAUUGCCAACCUCCCAGACAGCCACAGCACAGACAGGCAGGUGCGGGGACAGGGGACAGCGGGAGAAGUGUUGGAUGGGAGCAUUCCCAGUGGAGGCUCACUGAUUUGAAGACCACCCAGCAGCAGGGCCAGUAGAGAAGCACUUCCCUGUUUUGUUCCCAUCUAAGUAGAGGAGAACACGUAUUUAGAGGCGUGACUAUGACAAAUUUUUUAUUUCAAAAUCUGUUUUAACCAGCAUUAGCACCAACAGGGUGCCUCUACACUUGAUGCCGUCUCCAGAAGAUUGUACAUGACUAUGCCGGGCUAGAAUUAAGGCUACAAAAAUCAAAAGUCAGGUCCCCAGUACCAGUUAGAAUCCCAGUAGAACUCGAGGUCACAGCAACCCUGGGUCUAGUUCCCCAGGGACCCGUGGAAAUCUUUAAGUGCUACAGCAUGUUGGAGGACACAGGCCUGCAAGCUUGCUUCUCACACGUAGAGACCGACUACGAGGUAGAUGAGAUUCCAGGUCCAUCCAGCUGUGGAGAGGCAGGCUCCUUCAUGCGCCAGGGACAGGCCCCAAAGCCAAUCCAUCUGUAUGUAUCCAAGCUGAGGUGAGGGGCAGACUCCAAACACUACAUCCUUAACACAGGAUGGCAGGGGACUGCCUCUCUGCUGUGACACUGGCUCCUCACCCAGCAGGGCAUCUCUGCUUCUCCAUGCUGACCCACGACUCCCACUGGUCCCCACACCAUGAAGGUGGAUACAGACCCACCCCCAUCAUGUCUCAACAGGACUGAUGACAAUAAGCCACACAGCAGUUUCUCAAGUGACCCUAUUGCUUCCAAUGGUGUCUCUCUCACACACCUGCUUAGGAGGGUCCAGGUUUCCAUUGGGCUUUCUUCCCUAGGAAUCAGUUCAGAUGCCAUGCUCUCUCAGAACAUGACAGGUCUAUCCACAGAUUCAUGGUCACACUAGCUUAAGAGAAGACACACACUCAUUUUUGUUGUAGGAAAUACAGAAAUACAUAGCUUUCUACACUUAACUGAAUUUCUCUGAACUAUGCACAAUGGUUUGGUAUCUCUGAUUUAUGAAAGAAAACCAGGAAUUCUUGUCCAUGAAUGAAGUAAACGAGCCUACAGAUACACAGGCCCAUACUGUUCCCUGGGUACACGCCAGGAUGCAGCAGCCCUGACAGCAAGGCAGACAGAGGACACAAGAGAUCCUGGACAGCGAACCGAAUGCCUCCCCAAGAGCCUUGGAUGUUUCUGGUGAGUUCUGUGCUGUGGGCUGCCUAACUCUUCCAAAGCCUGGAAACCACUGAGUCAUGGACACCACCACAUUUAGGUUUAAAUAACUAACCACUGAGUACUGUUAAGGAGGACACUGCUGACAGCUGAGGGGUAGCUUUGAAAGCCUAGCAGAGCAGUAAUAAACCAUGGCUGCUGUGGUUAGUUCAGCUGGUUCCGCCCAGAGAGAUGGUCUAUGGGGCUUGGGAGUGAGAAGUGCUGUGCCUUGGCCAUCUGGGUGGAAUGAAAGGCAAAUGCACCAGGAAAACCCACAAAACAGGACUCCGUAUCGCCAGAACGAAGAUGGACACUGGCUUCCUCCUGACUUCAAAGAACUAUAGCAUCGGCAAUACAUUGGUUCAACACUGCUAACACAGCACGUACAGAAACACCCACUGUCACUCCGUACAGGUACAUACUCCACUACAACUGUUUUUAAGACUAGAAAAACAAUUAUUAAAAACACCUACUCCACAGAGAUGAUUCAAAAGUAUAUACUAUACACCUGUUGUCCAAGGGCAUGUUUACCUGGACCCAGUGCCAGCACCAUCAGAGGGCAGUGUCUGUGACUGCAACUCAGAUUAAAAAAACAAAUACAGUACUUUCUGAGGCCUAGGACUAGCUCAAGAUACACUUUAAAGCAUUUGUGGCAGACAAGCUUGCCCUCCAGGGCCUUUUUUUUUCCAGACAGCACCAAGUGACCUGGUUACGCAGACGUAUGUUUUGCAUUUCUGUACAGGGUUGGAAUACUCCCAUCAAAGGAUGUAGGAAAUUUAAUUAAACGCUUCCCAGGGCUUUAAAAUAGUGUUACAAUGUUUCCAGCUUCCCACUCUUACCAUCAAGGACAAACUACUUUACGACUGCAUUCCUCAGCCCUGAGGAAGGCCUGGGUUCCAGCGCUCACGUCAGUUUCCCUGGUGACACCUCACUCAAAGGCAGCGCUGUGCAUGCCGCACCUCACAGUCCUCUGCUUACCACAGGCUGAAAUUCCAAGAGCCACCGGCCAGCUGCGGCCUGCAGUCCAGCGGCCUUAGCUGCCGAGAGCAACUUCCAUCUCAGUGCAGACCUUGCCCAUGGACUGUCCGGAGGACAGCAGUUAGAGCAGGGUGCUGGGGAGGUUGCUGCUCUGCCAGCGCAGGCAGGUGGUCUUCGAGUGUUUGUACAGGUGGCUGGACUGGCUGAACCUCUUGCCGCACUUGAGGCAGGCGUAGGGCUUUUCACCCGUGUGAACUCGGAUAUGCUUCUUACAGUCUGUCAGAGUCAGGAAGGUUUUACAGCAGAUUUUGCAGGCGUACUUUCGAGCCCCCUCCACAACCAAGACAUUGUGCUCUGAUAAGGCCUUCUUGCACUUUGACAAGACAUCAGCAGAUGCCCUGGUCAACUGCGGAGGGCCAGGCUGAGAAGGGUGGCCAUUUUCAAAUGAGGUGGCCCCGUUUAUCAUUAGCUGGGAACUGGCGGAGUUUUCAGGGAUCUGGGAGCUCCUGACGGAAGUUACAACCGGCAUUUUGGGAGCUAUGCGGCGGUAGUAUGGAAAGUUACUGGCUCCUCCUCUUGGGGAAGCCAUCAUUGUCCUGGAGAAGGAAGAGUGGAGACCCAAGCCAGACCUGGAAAAAUCCAUCCCAAAUUGUUCUCCUUGGUAGCCUGAGGUCUGCACACAGGGCAGGCCCAUCACCUCCUGCAUAGGCCUGGCAAAGUGGGAGUCUGCAGGCUCACUGAAUGGGUUCUCCACAUGGGAACCAGGGGCAGAGGAAGGCCCACCUGCAGGCCCAGCCUCUGGACUCAGCAAGUAGGGGGCCUCGCCCUCCAGCCGGCAGUCACUGGUGGUGUUUGGGAUGUUAUCAUCGGUGCUCUGACCUGCACUGAAGUUACUACCCCUGCUCUUGUUGAGAAAAUUUGAAAUACUAAAAGAGGUCUUAUGUUCUAGAUUAUUUGUGACUUCCAAAAUGUGGAUGUCCCCGACCCUGUCCGUACUGGACUGAGGAUCUGAGAAACUCCGAUCGCUGCUCUCAGGGCUGAGGUCUAUCUUCUCGGCACUGACCACCACUCCCUCCACUUCCACGGACUCGCUGCCCUCUGCUUGGGAGGUCACGUCGCUCACUUCGUCCUGCGGCUCGGGGGAGCUCAGGGGCUCAGACUUGACCACCACUCUCAUGUGCUCCUUCUCCCCAAGGCCGACCUCAGGGUUCUCACACUGGAAACUGCCCUUCUCAGCUACAGCUUCUGGUUCAAAACUAGUCUCCACCUGAGUUGCUCGGGAGGCCAUGUUGCCAGCACUGCCAUCUGACUGGCUGGGCACCUGGGCAUCUUCUUGGGCACCAAACGGCCGAUCAAACAGCAUAGCACUGUCUUCCUGGUUGUCAGCCAUCCCAUCGGGUUUAGGAUUAUCCACAAUUUUCAGAGAAUCUGGUGAAAAGAACUCUUCCCGAGAAUGCACUCCGGAAG